UGGGUCCUUGACGUGGCAGUCAUAAACAAACAUGGCGGCGUCGUUCGAAGCUUCACAGAGUUUCUGUGUGUUUUUGGACCUUUAAGAGUGAUUAUCUUUGCUCAAUAUUAACAAUAAUUAAUAUUUAAGUAGUUUAUGUUAUCUGCUUUGACGUCCUUCGCGGGCUCGGGAGUAAAAUGAGCGGCUGGGCGGGUUUUUCUGAAGACGAGCUUCGAAAGAUUCAGCUGAAAGAGUCAGGGAUGUCCGUGGCGGGAGCAGCCCGCGGACGGAAGCCGGCUCCAGCUAACCGGAGUCGGCAGCAGCUGCAGCGGGAGAAGGCGCUUCAGUCAGCGGCUCAGAGACACUCAGGAGCCGGUCUCCACCUUCACCUCCCACCGGACCAACAACUCACCAAACCACCGCCGAGAGAGGAGCCUCAGCACAGAGCUCCUGCGGAGGUCCCUGCACCAACCCCGGAUGUCAAACAGGAGGAGCAGCCGGCUGCAGAGGAGGAGAGCCCGGAUGUCAAAGAGCUGGAGACACAGGAAGUGGCUGUACGGGAAAAGACGCGUCUGGAACAACUGCAGCAGGAGCAGACGCUCAUGGAAGAGAGGAAUAAGCGCAAGAAAGCUCUGCUGACGAAAACUAUCGCUGAGAAAUCCAAACAGACUCAGGCGGAGGCUGUGAAGCUGAAGAGAAUCCAGAAGGAGCUCCAGGCUCUCGACGACAUGGUGUCCAACGAUAUCGGCAUCCUGAGGAGCAGGAUAGAGCAAGUCAGCUGGGAGUUCUCCUCUGCCAGAAAGCGAUAUGAGAAGGCGGAGGCCGAGUACGUGAUGGCCAAGCUGGACCUGCACAAGAAGACGGAGGUGAAGGAGCAGCUGACAGAGCACCUCUGCGCCAUCAUCCAGCAGAACGAGCUGCGGAAAGCCCACAAGCUGGAGGAGCUGAUGCAGCAGCUGCAGCUUCAGGCCACCGAGGAGGAGCUGGAGAAGCAGAAAAAGGAGGAGGAGGUGGAGGAGAAGAGGAGAAGCUGUGUGGAGACGCAUGGUAACGGGUCUGUGGAGAAUCAGGAGGGAACCGUGCAAUCAACCAAAGACUGUGGAGCGCCGGAGGAAGAGAGUGUGAAGGAGGAAGAGAGUGUGCAGGAGGAGAGAGGAGGGGACGCCCAACCGACGACUGAACAAACACAGACUGAACAGGAAUGUAAAACUCUAGAAAACGGUGCCCCGUGUGAGGUCACAGCAUCCUGA